AUGAUUGAUCAACAAUUACUGAAGAUGAUUGUAAAGGAAUAUCAUCCAUUUAGUGUUGUAGGGGAUGUAGAAUUUCGAAAUCUUAUAAAAAUGUUAUGUCCAAAUUACUUAAUUCCAUCAAGAAAAACAGUUACUCAAAGUUUGAUGCCACAAUUGUUCAACAUGACUGUAGAAUGUGUUAAAGAUACAUUAAACAAUGUGUCAGCAGUGUGUUUGACCACGGAUGGUUGGAUAUCAAGAAAUAACCUAAGUUUUAUCUCGGUAACUGCUCAUUUUAUUGACCCUAAAAACCAAACACAAAUUUCAUCAGUAUUCUUAGGAUGUAACAGUUUUGAUGAAAGACAUACGUCUGACAAUUUAUCUCGUUUUUUAAGAAACACAGUUGAUGAAUGGAAUUUGUGUCACAAACUUACAACUGUAGUUACGGAUAAUGCUUCUAAUAAAGAAGUAGACUCUCUCCAACUAAAAUUUCGCUAA